GUUGGUUUUCAUGAAAACACAAGAGCAUUCAUAUCCACAAGAUUCUUCAAAAAAGUUAAUGUGAAAUGUCUCAACGAGAUUUCGACGAAGCCGACUGCUUGCUUGUGAAAUCUCAAACUCCCUAUGCGAAUCUCCUAGCUGAGCCUUGCCUUACAUGUAGGAAAAUCUUUCAUCAACCUGGUGACAAUCUUUCAUACGAGCGCAUCACCCAUUUGAAUGGCCAAGAAUUUUUAAAAUCAGUCCAAGGUAAUUGCGACUGGUGCACAAUGCUUUGGGAGAAAAUUGAACGUCGAGGUUUAGCUCGCGCAAUCGACAUAUCUCGAUUAUUGGAUACUUUCAUAAGUUUCAAGUUUUUUCCGACCACAAACGGAAUUGGAAACUUCAAUUCUGCUUCGAAAGAGGCCACUUACCUAUUUUGUUCGGUAAAACCGACUCUGAACUGUCCAUAUGACAAAUGUUCCUUGAUUUUCGUAAUGACGAAAGUUCCCAAUUUACAUGCAGAUAAUCCAAGAUACGAGCUUCCUGGAAAGACUUCCGCCCCUUCAUGUCGCAUUCUUGCAUCACAAUGGAUUAGUAACUGCGCGCAGAAUCACGAAAAAUGUCGCAUGGAUAAAAUAUCAUGGCUACCAACUCGACUUGUGGAUGUUGGGCUUCAUGGUGGCGUGAUAAGACUUGUUGAGACACAGAAAAUCUCAAAAGACCGUUAUUCACCGUACUUUACAUUAAGCCACAGAUGGGGAGCUACAUCUGAUCAAUCAAGACGACUAUUAAGCAGCCACAAAUCAGCGUGGAUGAAAAGCAUACCUACAGAUCAAAUGCCCGCCUUGUUUCAAGAUGCUAUUCAAUUCACUAGAGAUAUGAAUGUCUCAUAUAUUUGGAUAGAUUCUCUGUGCAUCAUACAAGAUUCUCCAGAAGACUGGAGCAUUGAGGCUGCACUUAUGGACAGAGUGUACGCCCAGUCACGAUGUAAUAUCGCCGCAUCUAGUGCUUCGGCUAAAGAUUCUGUUAAUAAAGGACUCUUUCAUACUGGCAGCAUAGAAGAUAUAGCUUCUUUGGCAGUGGUCCGUAAGUCUCUCACGAGGAAAGACCAUCAAGGGAUUUUUGAAAUAUCUAUAAGCGAUAAUUCCUUUAUUGAUCCAUACGGCUCUUUACUUUAUCGACGGGCUUGGGUGCUACAGGAACAGCUUUUGAGUCCCCGAACAAUACACUUUGCGAAACAGCUAAUGUGGGAAUGCAGGGAAGAAAGAGCUUCCGAAACCUUCCCUAUGGGUACAUCCUUGAUCGUUUACAGUCAUGACUCCAAAAAUCUUUCGAAAGAUUGGAGAUCGGGCUUGCAAGAACAUGGACACAAAUUUUGGGAGGAAGUUAUAAGUGAAUAUAUGAGAUGCUCUCUUACAUAUCCAUCUGAUAGAUUGGUAGCUAUUGGUGCAAUAGCUCGGGAAUUUGAAACAGCGCUAAAUGAUGUCUCUCUUGCGGGACUAUGGAAGAAGAAUCUACCUUUUAAUUUGCUCUGGUCUGUAAACAAUUACCAUUCACAUCCUACACGAUCAAAUACCUAUCGUUGUCCCACUUGGUCAUGGGGAUCACUAGACUGGUCUAAACCCAUUUCCAUGGAAUGUUUGAUGGGGGACGGCGGUAGAGUCCUUGCGGAAGUUGUCGAGGCCCAGGUUUCAAGUCUACCAGGUCGCGCUUACACCGAGUAUUACGCCGGUUACAUUAGACUCAAAGGUAAGAUCUUUUCCAUCGCAUCCACAGAUUCCUAUGAAUGGCUUCAUAAUGAUGAAGAAUUUGGAAUUAACAAUAAGACAUACCCUCUGAGAUUGUGUCUUGAUAUCAAAAUUCAGAAAUCUGAGUGUUCAAGAUUAUAUUUAAUCCCAAUCACAUGGGAUUUUGAGCCAUUUUGUUUUGUUGAGUGCCUCAUAAUACGAUCUAUCUCGAUUGUUAAAAGGGAAUUUGAGCGAGUGGGGACUCUUUCUUUCAAGCCUUACCAUUUGCUCGAAGGUGAUACGCAGCUGCACUUAAUCUGGCAAUUCUCUUCGGCUGAAGAUCCAUUUUUGGGAGAUCUCGAUACUAUAACGAUAAUCUAGUCAUUCAGUCAAUUACGAUGUAAGAUGAUGUCCAUGUUUUUAAUUGUGGUGUUCAAGGACCGCACCAGGGAAACUUCUGUGUUUUCAUUUCACCUGCCACGCAUUUUUUACACCGGUCAGGAUCUAUUGAAGCACAGCACGGGUUUCAAGAUUACCGACUGUAAUAACUUGAAGGAACA